AAUUUAAAAGUUCCAACUAGAUUUCGUGGAUUUCGUCACCUAUUACUUAUUAGAUACCACGCGAGCAUUUACUUUUCACCGGGUUUAUUAAUUUAAAAACAAAAUUAUUACACAUAUAAAUGAGACACAUCUUACCCUUAGUUUAUAAGUGUAGUAUUAUUAGUAAACCGAUACCAUUCGUACUUAACCACCUUAAACAUACGCAUAAUCUCCCGCAUUGGGGAAGCAAUAAGGUUCAUCGGAAGAUCAAAAUAUCAAAUCCGUACAAAGAUAUCAUCAUGGCUGAUCCUAAAAUUGAAGAAAUUCUUGCUCCGCUUCGCGCCCAUGUGAAGGAACAAGGUGAUGUAGUGAGAAAACUAAAGGAAGAGAAAGCCCCAGAGAUUGAUAUUAAAAAAGCUGUUGCUGAAUUAAAGUCGAGAAAGAAGAUUCUAGAAGAUAAGGAAUUAAGUUUAACACCAGCGGAAGAAUUAUUUGACAGGGCAAAAAUGGAAGACUUAAUAAAAAGAAGAUUUUUCUAUGAUCAAUCUUUUGCUAUCUAUGGUGGCAUUACUGGCCAAUUUGACUUUGGGCCAAUGGGAUGUGCUCUCAAAAGCAAUAUGAUUCAACUUUGGAGAAAGUACUUUAUUCUUCAAGAGCAAAUGUUAGAAGUUGACUGUUCAAUUUUAACUCCUGAACCUGUACUUAAAGCCUCUGGACAUGUUGAGAGAUUUGCAGAUCUAAUGACUAAGGAUGUGAAAUCUGGUGAGUGCUUUAGAUUAGAUCACCUUAUUAAAGCACACUUAGAAAAAAUUAAAAGUGAGAAGAAUGCUAAAGCUGAGCUGAAAUCUGAAAUAGAGGAUAUUUUAGUAAAACUUGAUGGUAUGAAUGCUGAUGAAAUGUCAGCUUUAAUGAAAAGGUUUGACAUGAAAUCACCUAUUAGUGGCAAUGAGUUGACACCACCUAUUGAAUUUAACUUAAUGUUCAAUACACAGAUUGGUCCCUCUGGUCUAGUUAAAGGUUUUCUUAGGCCAGAAACAGCACAAGGUAUUUUUGUCAACUUCAAACGUCUCCUAGAAUUCAAUCAAGGCCGCCUACCAUUUGCUGCUGCACAGAUUGGUAAUUCCUUUAGAAAUGAAAUCUCACCAAGAUCUGGACUCUUAAGAGUUAGAGAGUUCACAAUGUGUGAAAUAGAACACUUUUGUGAUUCAAAAGAUCACCCUAAAUUUGAAUCGAUUAAAGAUACUCAAAUGCUACUAUAUUCUGCUGACAAUCAGGAGCAGGGCAAAGCAGCUGAAAUAUUAACUAUAGGUGAAGCUGUAUCUAAGGGUAUUGUCAAUAAUGAAACACUGGGAUACUUCAUGGCCAGAAUUCAUUUAUACAUGCUAGCAGUCGGUAUUGACCCUAAGAAGCUUAGAUUCAGACAACACAUGGGCAAUGAAAUGGCUCACUAUGCCUGUGAUUGUUGGGAUGCUGAAUGCUUGUCAAGUUAUGGAUGGAUUGAAUGUGUUGGCUGUGCAGACCGGUCGGCCUAUGAUCUCACCCAGCAUACUAAAGCAACUGGUAUCAGGUUAGCUGCAGAGAAAAAAUUACCUGCACCAAAACAAAUAGAUAUUGUGGAAGCAGUCCCCAAUAAAGCUACAAUUGGAAAGGAAUUUAAAAAAGAUGCUAAACUCAUUAAUGAUGCUUUAGCAGCAAUGGACACUGCUGCUUUGGAACAACUAGAAUCAGAGUUGGAUUCUAAUGGAGAAUACACAUUGACCACUACCAAGGGUGAAUUUAAGCUUACUUCAAACCUUGUAAGUGUUAAGAAGAGUCAAAAAACUGUUCAUGUGGAAGAAAUCAUUCCAAGUGUAAUUGAACCCUCAUUUGGUAUUGGCAGAAUUCUGUAUUGUAUUCUUGAGCAUAAUUUCAAGAUGAGGGAGGGUGAUGAGCAAAGAACUUAUUUCUCCUUGCCCGCAACUGUAGCACCAAUGAAAUGUGCUGUCCUACCUUUGAGUGGCAAUGUUGAGUUCCAGCCAUUUGUUAAAGAGUUAUCCCAGGAAUUAAUUUAUGUGGAUGUUUCUCAUAAAGUUGAUGACUCAUCUGGUUCUAUUGGUAGGAGAUACGCCAGGACAGAUGAACUUGGAGUACCUUAUGCUAUUACUGUCGACUUUGAUACUAUGAAAGAGCCACAUACAGUCACAUUAAGAGAACGAGACAGCAUGAGCCAAGUCAGAUUACCUUUGGUUGAUGUACCAACUGUUGUAAGAGAUCUGGCAAAUAGCAAAAUAUCUUGGGCUAAUGUAGAAGACAAGUAUCCCAAAUUUGAACAGCAAGAAAAUGUGAAAGGCGCCGCUGCGUAAAACGU